CAUAAUGAAAUUGGAAGCCCGAAGAAGGUCUUGCACUCAGUCAAAAAAUGUGUUCUUAGAAUUGCCAUUGUUCAUCCAAAAGUAUUCUUCGAAGUUGUUGAUAUUGAGAGGUGUUCCUGCUCUACAUUUGUCAAUAUAGCACUUGGAGCUCUCUACAUGAAUUAAAUGUCUCUGAUGGUGUAUUAAAGCUUUCUGGAUAUAUGUCUAGUCCUCGUGAUACUUCAUUUGUGAAGGCCUGUCAAUUUGUCUACAUCAACUCUCUUUAUAUCUGCAAGGGCCCAAUUCAUAAACUGCUGAAUGAGUUGGUCACUAGGUUCAACUCUUCGGAUCUGCAGGAGGCUAACAUGAAGUUACAAAAUGGGAAGCGAAGUAGGUCUCAAACAUAUGAAACAUACAUUUUGAAUUUAAGUUGCCCAAGAUCUUGGUAUGAUAUAACUUUUGAACCAUCAAAGACUUCUGUUGAAUUCAAGGAUUGGUCUCCCAUUAUUAAUUUUAUUGAAAAGGCCAUCACACACUUGUGGACUGAAAAAUUUUCUCACGGAAAUUCCUCCAGCCGUGGUACUGUUAUGCCAGAAGAAGACAAUACCUGGAGGGAAGGUAAUGAUGUUUCAUCACCAGAAAAAGAUUUGCCAGAAAAAUAUGAAAUUGCAAAAAGGAGGUGCAGGAUGUACAAUCACCGUGCUUCUUUUGGCCUUCUCUCCCCCCAGCUGGAGAUGCCAACUGAAGAAAGUGACCAUAUGUUUCACUGGAAAGACAAUAGAUUUUCUUGUCAAGAUGCUUCAGAACACCAGAUCAGGUUGGGAUCUUUGUAUCAAACUGACUACUCAUUCCAGUUGUGUGAUGGAUUGCUUGCCCCAUCCAGAGUAACUGUAAACCAAAAGAGUGCUAGCUAUCUGCAGGCAACUGACCAUAAUGUUUUCUCUUCUGAAGACCAUUUCUUGGGGAAUAAGUUCUUUGGGGAAAAAAGAUCCAGUGAGCACACAGACUAUAUUUUGGGUUCUAGAUUAGAGGAUAUACAUUUCAAUGUGGAUGCCAGCAUAAGUAAUGGAUUUAAUGGGAGUGCAUUAUCUCCUGAUUGUUUUGAAAUAGGUGAUGAUGUGGACAAGAUCAGCGAGGAUCUAAAGCCCUUUCUGCAUAAUUGCUCCUGUAGGAGAAGCCUUCCAGUUGAUGGGGCAUCACCUGCAAGCUCUGAAGGAUUUGACUUUCGGAUUAAUGGUUUUGGAGCCAAAAGAAAGAGUCUUGAACCUAAUGAUUGGGUUUGUGUUGGAGAAAUUGAUGACAAUAACCAGAGGUUUGAUUUCCUUCCAGGGACUCUAUGGCAGGAUGAGGCAGCAAGUGCUUGGUCUUCCCCCGGACCCAUGUCUAAGUGUGACGUGCUUACAGGUCUGGAUUUUUUGUCAAGGGAUUCAAUAGAGUCUUCUGCAAUAGGUGGAGAGUGUUUAGCUGGAGAGAAUGACCUUCCACCAGACUCAAUUGCACGUGUUGGAAAAUUUUUCUCAAGUCGUCAGUCUCUUAAAUCUGAAUGGUCUUCUGUAAUGUCAGAUCCAUUAUUUAGGACCAAAUCUCAGAAUGUGGAUAAUUUCUUUGAUGAGAAUGCACUUGAGAGGCGUAUCAAAUAUGACAAUAGAUAUGACUAUUUAGCGGAAAGGGUUGUUAAGGACCGUGGUUUUUAUUUUGAUGAUUCUUUGCGAAAAAGCUCAAGCCAAGAAGACUUCUCAACAAGUUUUGCAAACAUGUGCUCAGGUUUUGAAAGUUGUGUUCGUUCCAAGGAAGAUAAUUGUAGAUUUAUCCAACAACAUAAUCUAGAUGAUGUUCUCUUUUCAAAAUGUCCCGAUAUAUUUAUUGAUGAAACAGAGUGGUUAUGUUUAGACUCGCAUGGUAAAUAUAAUGCCAACUGUUCUGCAGUAACAUUACACCAUAUUUCUUCAGCAAUUUAUGAUGUUGUGGAUGAAGGCCUAAAGGAUCCGAUUAUAUAUCAACAAGAAGGAUAUGUUUGUAAGAGAAGGCCAAAAAGAAGCCAUUCAACUCCACCUUUUUACAGAGGCAAGAAAAAAUUCUUCACCUUAAAUACACAUUUGGCCAUGGAAGCAAAAAAACUCAAAGCCCAGGCCAUCAAUAAUGCCCCUACUUCACAAGAAACGAGUGGGUUGAAGCAUCCUCAACAAUCAUCUGGUGAAUGUCAACUAUAUUCUGAGCCAAAUUCUGUGGAAGAUCCAUUGAUCUACACCAGACCAGAUAAGAAGAAAGCACAUGACAUGAAGGACAUUAAAAAAUGUGAUACGCAAAAAUCAGAGGAUCUUAACAUUUACAGUAAGGAUUUGGUUGAAGACUGCACAUUGAAUGAAUCUCAUGAUCCAUUAGAUUCUGGGCUAAAAUGGCAGAAGAGCUGUCUACGGACUGCAAGGGGAGACAAAUUACAUAAUCUUCACAAUGAGAGUAAUAUACUUGAUGUCUCUUCUGGGAUCUUGCAUCUGGCUGGUGAUUCAUUAGUUCCUGAAUCUAUCAAUAAGAAUUGUCUAGAGGAUGCCAAAGUUCUCCAACAGGUGGAUAAGAAGUUCAUUCCAAUUGUGGGUGGUGGAGUGCUUGCUAUUAUUGACCAGGUUUAAGCACUGCUCUUCUUU